CCUGUGCUUGUGCUGCAGUAGCCGCAAAGGGAGGAAGUUUAUUGGAGGUCAAGAGAAGAAAGCUCACAAGAGAACGCAUCGCCCCGUUGACAGGCUAAAAAGUAGCAUUCCACAAUCUCAUCAGGAAAGGAAAAAGGAGUUGCCUCGGGCGAUAAUAUUUUUUUCACUCCCUACACAGUUUUACACUGUGUGCCCCUCCCAGCCCUCUUAUACUACUUAAAUUUGUGAUUUUGCACUCUCACUGAGGUUGCACACCUCUACCCAUCUCUGCGAUACUGAAAAGAAGAGAAGAUGAGAGAUAUGAAGAAAAAAAUCCUGGUGGUCUACGUGGUGUUGUACACGGUGAGUGCAGUGAAACAACUGGACAUGGCCCCCAACGCUGUGGACCUAUUGUACGAGGGCUGUCGCGACGACACCAUGGAGAAAUUGAUCCGCUCUGACGUGCUACAACAAGAGCUGAGCCAGGAUGUUGGCUUCUCCACAGCCUGGAGCGACAAGUGUUCCAUGCUGCUCCCAGGAGGCACGAAGGAACACACCUCCGCUCUCUUAGCCUUCAUAAACGGCAACCAUGCGUUCAAGAAAGCCUUCGACGACGCGGUGGAGACCAUGGGCGUCAACGCCAGCACUUAUGAGGAGCACUUUCAUUAUAAGUCCCUACACUUCCUGCUCACGGAUGCGAUGAGCCUGGUGAGGCAGAAGAGGUGUAAGAAUGUAUACCGAGUGUCCGAAACGGAAUACAAAGUGGAAAAGGGUGUCCGAGUGAGAUUCGGACGAUUCACUACGGUUCAGACAGACCUGUCGAUCAAGGAGGACGUGGACGGCGGAGUCUAUUUCAACAUCACCACGUGCUUCUAUAUCAGCCUGGAGGGCUUCUGCAAGCUCACCGAGGACGUCGCCAUUUUGUCCCCCACCGAGGAGUUCACGGUGGAGGACGUCAAGCCGGGAGGCGAUGGCGAAUACACCGAGGUCAUCCUGAAACACUCCAAACUGAAGGCUACUGAUGACUGUUACACAUCACGGGCCCCGGAAGAGAGCGCCUCCCAGUGGCCGAUGAUGGCACUUGUGUCCUUCGUCCUAUUUGAGACACUCAACCAUUCGCGUCUUAGCUUAUGAAAGCAGCGCCUGCGCAUUUAUUGAGGUUUGGCAAAUGCUGCCGCAAUCGUUGAUAUAGUCGAAUCGUUGUUUUCAUUUGAGAAUGAAUAGCACUAGUAUGUUUGUGAUUCCCUUAUUUUCUUCAUCUAAAAUGUAUGCUUGCUCUUAAGAUGUGUAUAUGUAAAUGCAACUGACAAGAAUGCAGAAUAAAGGUGUUGAUCGCUAAUAUUGUUUUUAAAGGAUUUCAGCAACAUCAACUGACUUUUGCAAUUGUAAUAUUGUUCAAGUUUGAUUGCUACCAUCAGAAAUAUUGUUUGCUAAAAUGCUUAUUGGUUUUCAUGAAGGGAUGAAUGAUUUUUCUCCUCUUCCCAUGUAUUUUAUUUUAACGAGCACAAAUAAUAAAUGAUUCAAUUUGU